AUGGCGAACCGAAGCAGAAGCGACGCCCCGGGCGUGCCCCCGUCUCUUGCGCGGAGUGCCGACGGCUCUCUCGUUAACAAAAACGUUAGAUUCCGUGCGAGACAUGCGUCAAGAGAGGUUGUUCCGCCAUAUGCCCCGAAGGCUAAGUCACCAACCACAGGGUCCCUGACCACUGGAAAAGGGAAUCGCCUGGCGCUUGCGGACGCAGAAGAACUUCAUAAGAAAAUAGACCGUCUUCGAAGUCGCUCAGCAGCGCUGGAAGAUGCUCUACGAACUCUCCAAGCAUCUGUGUGCGAUGAACCGCAUCCCCUUCUUGCUCAGGAAGACGGGAUGCAGGUCAGUCCCUCAGAACGCUCUAGUGCCUCUCCCGCCCACGCGUCUUCGGCACCCCGGGAAGAUGAGGACUUCAUUGAUGUUUUUGGCACACUUACUGUCGGCGUUAGAGGGGAGUCUAAGUUCUAUGGACCAACAUCACGCUCAGAGUAUCUGAUCCAUGCCCCGGCAAGGGGUGUGCCCUGUACUCAAAUUCAAUUUCCUCAUAUAUCUGCAGAGCUUGUCCAGGAGGCGAUCAUAGAUUUGGAUGUUCCGUGCAACCACGCCGAAGUUCAAAAUCAAGUCCGCGACGCGCUGCCGUCGCUCUCUCGAGCUUGUCGUCUCUGUGACAUCUUUAUGGAGUACGGACAAUUCAUUUGGUACCCCCUUUCUCGGGUCGAAUUGUUCGAUCAAAUAUUGGGAUCAGUCUACAAGUUUGACUACGACAGAACUUGUGACUUGGCCUCGAUGCAUGCUAUGGCUAUGAUGUUCAUGGUGUUCGCUCUUGGUACGUUAUUCGAUAUGGAGAGCUCCCCAUCCGCAAUCGAGGCACAUGAAUAUUAUAUAUUGUCGCGUAUAUGUUUGCGCUGUGCACCACCUAUACAGGACACGACGCUGACGGCGGUGCAGACCAUUAUAUAUAUGGCGCAAUAUCUCGAGAUGAGUGACUGCGAACCCGCUCGCACCGGAUCACAUAGGGCCUGGCUAUUAGUUGGUUUAGCCAGUCAGCUUGGACACAGUCUCGGGCUGCAUGUCAGUGGCUCUCGGUGGAAACUGGACGAUGAUGCCAGCCACAAACGGGGGCGUGUGUUUUGGCAGCUGUUCUUGCAAGAUACUUGGAUUAGUUUCGGCUUUGGAAGACCCCCGAGUAUGGCGACGUCGUUCAUUGACUGUCCCAUGCCGAAAGAUCCGGACGAGAGGAUAAACGAACAGGGCCAGAAGGAAUGGGGAUUUCAUCAUUGGACAUGGCAAUAUACGCGCUUAAUGCAUGCUGUCAUCACUUCUUGUUUCGGGGCCAAGACCCCGCCGUACAGCACCGUCAUUGAUUUCGACAGGAAGAUUCGUGACUUUCCCGUCCCACAUCAGCUGCGUUCAAUGUGUCCGCAAGCUCAGGACCCCGAGCCAACGAUAGCCCUUUUUAUGCAGCAGUUUCUUACAAUGGCAUGCAAGGAAGCCACUCUUCUCAACCUCCAUCGGGCAUUCUUCACUCAAGCUUUGCUUGAGCAACCUCAGGAUUUACUAAGGCACAAAUAUGGCCCAUCGGUAAUGGCAAUCUACCGUUCCGCGUGGAGGAUUAUCGAAGGCGCCAAGGAAGUAUUCAAGCGAGCGAAAGCUGUCGCAGUCAGGCUGGGAAUCAUAUGGUCCCAUAGUUUAGCAGGCGGGAUCGUGAUGGGCCUCUUGGUCACGCGCGCGCCAACAUCUCCGCUUGCUUCGUCUUCGUUGCAGGAGCUAGACAGUCUUUGUGAUUUGUUCGAGCAAGCUGCAAGCUUGAGUCCGCUGGUUGCCAAUAAUCUGGACUUCAUACGCAGAGUUUGUCGACAGGGUCAUGCGACGAUGAGUACACCUGAGACCCCCCAGCCAAUAUGCGUUAUCGACAGCGAGCUGGACCGCAUUGGCGGGAAGACUCACUUGAUCUCUUCUGCGCAGGAGCCUCCCACUUCCUGUGCUCGUGACCUUGCCCGACAGGCCGUGGAGACUUCCCAAGUUGCUUCCGUCCUUCCAACUGUCCCUCCGUCCACUAGCAGUGGCUCUUCGCCGUCAGUGAAUCUGUCCCCGUCGCCUGCCGUUUCCAUGGACUUCAUCCACCCCACCAUCAUGCAAGAUAUGCGUGUGUUUGACGGCGUGGGUGACCCCAUGGGUUUUGCUCCCUUCAAUUUUGAUCUGCCAUCGGGGAUAGCGGGACAAAUGCAGGAUCCGUCUACAGCAGAUAUUUUCGAAGAAUUGUUUGGACCACAGCCGUUCGCUCAUGGACAAGAGGCACAGACAGUACAAGUACCUCCUGGGCCGCCUGUUCUGGAUGCGACUUGGCAGUCUUUCGUAGAACAGCUUGGAUUUUAG